GCAGCCCGAAAGUGGUCCAUGACCAACUCGCGCUGCAUCCCAGCAUCAACAGGGGGAGGGGGGGAGUAGAGGGAGGCGUGUGAGAAGGAGGGGAGGGAGUCUGUUCCGCUUGGAUGGCUGGCACAUUGAGAGGCUGGUCCGGGGAGACUCCAAAGGCAGGGCUCUCUCUUUUUCUCUGAGCCCACCGGCCGCCAUCGCGCGCCCCGCUCCUGCGCGACAGCACGGAGGUCGCCCCCUCGGCGCAUUGAGCAGUAAGGACAAGCGAGACUUCACUUUUCCAGGCUGCAAGAACACUCGGAGAUGCUGAUGCAGAGGGAUGGAGACGCACGGUAGUGCUGUCACACAGAGCCGCGCAGCCCAUCAAAUGUAGCGCACACGGAGAAGAAAGAGGAUCUGCGCACAAGUCACCGAUCAUUGUGGCACUCGGCAGCGAUGCCCAAGUCACCAAAUACGGAUUAAAUAGAGGCUGGGCAAAAUUAGCGCAAAACAGAUUGAUAUUGCAGACAAGUGUAAAUUGGAUUCCAUACGUUUGUGACUGGAUGUGAGACUACCUUGACCCUUGAAAAUUGAAGAUGACGUUACUAUGGAAACUCCUGCUGCUGCAGUCACUCAUGGGGUGCCUUGCAGUGAGCACCGUCCUGCAAUGUCCGGUCUUCACCAAACAGCCUGGUAGCAUCGUGUACCCUGUGGAAUCGACAGAGAAGAGCCGAGAGGUGAUGUUCAGCUGUGAAGCUCAGGCAAGCCCACCUCCAGUGUAUAGAUGGAAACUUAAUGGCACGGAGAUCCAUCCCAAAUCUGGAUCUCACUACAGCUUAUCAGGAGGCAACCUCAGAAUUAGUCAUCUGAACAAAGACCAGGAUGCCGGAACAUAUCAGUGCCUCGCCUCCAACGCUUUUGGGACCAUCGUGAGCCGAGAGGCCAGUCUAACUUUUGCAUACUUAGAAAACUUCAAAACCCACCGCAGAAAUCCCGUUUCAGUCCGGGAAGGUCAAGGAGUGGUUCUGCUAUGCGGCCCGCCACCACAUUCAGGAGAUCUGGAAUUCUCCUGGAUUUUCAAUGAGUACCCGACGUUUGUGAAGCAGGAUACCCGUCGCUUCAUCUCGCAAGAAACCGGCAACCUCUACAUAGCUAAAGUUGAGCCCUCUGAUGUGGGCAACUACACUUGUGUCAUUGCUCACCCUGUCACGAAGACUCGAGUCCAGGGCCCACUCACGCCACUCGUGCUGCGUAAUGACGGUGUGAUGGGUGAAUAUGAGCCAAAGAUUGAAGUCCAAUUUCCUGAGGUGGUUCAUGUUGCCAAAGGAUCAACUGUGAAGCUUGAAUGCUUUGCACUGGGAAACCCAGUUCCGUCCAUAAACUGGAGAAAAGUGGAUGGCGUUCCUUUCCCCAGGAAAGUGGACAUGAGGAAAACGAGUGCCAUUCUGGAAAUCCCAUACUUCCAACAGGAAGAUGCUGGCACGUAUGAGUGUGUAGCUGAGAAUUCCAGGGGAAUGAACACAGUGAAAGGAAAGCUUUCUUUCUACGCUCCACCUCAUAUCAUAGAGAAGCCUCAAGAUGUCCAGAAGCUCAUUGACGACUCCUUGGCAUGGGAAUGUAAAGCCACAGGGAAGCCGAAACCCUCCUACAGGUGGAUGAAAAAUGGCGAGAACCUGGAGCCUGCAGAGGAACGCAUACAGGUGAGCAACGGGGCAUUGUUAAUCAGUCGCUUGACCCUGUCGGACACAGGAAUGUACCAGUGUGUCGCCGGGAAUAAGUAUGGCGACGUCUACUCCAAUGCCGAACUGCGAAUCAUAGCUGUUGCUCCAGAUUUCUCUCAUAACCAAGUGAGGAGCCAGACGUUUGUCAAGGUUGGAGGAGAUGUGCUCAUUGAGUGCAGACCCAAGAUGUCUCCGUGGGGUGUGAUCUCUUGGAGGAAGGCCAGUCAACCGCUGGAAAUAAGUCAAAGGGUUUCCAUUCUGGAUAAUGGUAAUCUUCGCAUAUGGAACAUAAGCAAAUCAGAUGCCGGGCUCUACACGUGCAUGGCGAGGAACCAGUUUGGUGUGGCCAGUAGCACAGGAAGCAUCACGGUGAAAGAGCCCACCAUCAUCACCACUCCGCCUGCAACGUUAGACGUUACUGUGGGCGAAAGUGUGGUCCUACCAUGUCAAGUGAGCCACGAUCCCUCUCUGGAACUCACCUUCACUUGGUUCUUCAAUGAGCAGCGCAUCCACUUCGGCAGCCAGGGAGGAUUUUUUGAGAAAGUGGGCGGUCAGCAUUCGGCAGGAGAUAUUAUGAUUCGAAACAUCCAGCUGAGGCAUGCUGGGAAAUACACGUGUGCCGUGCAGACCAAGGUGGACAGUAUCUCUGUUGCUGUCGACUUGGUUGUCAGAGGUCCCCCAGGCUCUCCCACCAGCAUCCAAGUCGACGAAAUCACAGAUACCACAGUGACGCUGUCCUGGAGGCCCGGUGCUGAUAAUCACAGUCCAAUUACUGCCUACACCAUCCAGGCCAGGACACCAUUUUCCCUGGGGUGGCAGGCUGUCUCCACAGUUCCCAAAGUGGUAGGUGGCCACCGUCUGACAGCGACUGUAAUUGGCCUGAGCCCUUGGGUGGACUAUGAGUUUCGAGUCCUGGCGAGCAACAUUGUUGGGACUGGCGAACCCAGCAGGCCAUCCAAACAAGCCAAGACAAAGGGAACCGCUCCAAAGGUCACUCCGGCUAGUGUGAGCGGUGGCGGUGGGAGUCGUUCCGAAUUAGUGAUCACAUGGGAGCCUGUUCCCGAAGAGCUCCAAAAUGGACCGGGCUUCGGCUACGUUGUGGCUUUCCGACCUCACGGUGCCACAGGCUGGAUGCAGGCUGCCGUGCCCUCCGCAGAAACCUCCAAAUAUGUCUUCAAAAAUGAAAGCAUCCAGCCUUUUUCACCUUUUCACGUCAAGGUGGGCGUGUACAACAACAAGGGAGAAGGUCCGUUCGGACCCGUCACCACCAUCUACUCUGCAGAGGAAGAACCCAGCCGAGCACCCACGAGGGUCCGUGCCAAGAGCCUCUCGGCGUCACAGAUUGAAGUUUCGUGGAAAGCUCUUCCCUGGAACGCCAGUAAGAAACGAGUGCUGGGCUACGAGCUGAGGUACUGGACCCGAAGGGAAAAGGAAGACACGGCCAGCGUGCUACGAACUGUGGGGAAUCAGACAUUGACUAUUAUUCAGGGUGUCAAAGGCAGCACCACAUAUUACAUCUCGGUGAGAGCGUACAACACAGCAGGAGCCGGUCCGCCCAGCACCACCGUCAACAUUACCACCAAAAAACCACCACCGAGCCAGCCUCCCGGUAAAGUGAUGUGGAACACAUCCAACUCCAAGAUCAUAUUAAACUGGGAGCAGGUUAAAGCCCUGGAGAAUGAGUCGGAGGUCACGGGUUAUAAAGUGCUGUACAAAAAGAACCAACACAGCCAUCCCAAUGUCAUGGAGACAAACACCACCUCAGUGGAGCUCUCCCUGCCCACUGAUGAGGAUUAUAUCAUCCAGAUCAAACCCUUUGGCGAGGGAGGGGAAGGCAGCAGUAGUCGGCAGAUCACCAUCCCAAGGAUAGCAGGUCUCAAUGCAGUCGGCUCAGCGUCCAAGGUCUCCACUCUCUCAGCCCUCAGUACAAUAGCGCUGUCUUUCACUGCACGGACAUCUUUAUGACAAACAGCCCCAGACAGACCUUGCAUCUGAAGUGGAGACAGUCUACCCGUUCAUUCCGUUCUAGAGACGAACGGAAUACACCCAUGAAAAUACAAAUACAAAACAUGCCACUGGGACAUUUGCGAAGGUUUUCUCUGCAGCGCCUUGUCUACAUGAGGAAGAUGUACAGAUGUCAUGACUACGAUGUUACCAAAGCAGCUUUCAUAAGAACGGGAGAAAUAAAAUGUUGUGUGCGUUUGUGUGCAUUUUUUGUUUUUUUUUGGUACGACAUCCCAAGCUUUACAUUUGUGUUUGAGCAAUUUAGGCAUGUUGAGGUGACAACUAACAGUGCCAGAUCGAAAUUUUCCACUAGGCGGUGAAGAUAUUUAAUAGCCAAUCGGACCACUUGAUUUUGAUCUUAAUGCAUAUACGUUUUUUAUGGUCACGUGGAACUGCCAAUGUGGGGUAACUAUUUUUGACCGAGCUGUGUGGAUCCUGCAAAGCCGUCCGAACGUAUUGGUAAAGUAGUUUGGCGUACGUAUUACCAAAUAUGUUUGAAUACCUUAGGCGAAUAUGUUCCAACAACAAAGACCAGUCAAAGAUAUUUACUCCAUGUCUACAGUUCCACGCUUUCAAAUUUUUGCCCUGUAUUAUUUGGUCAUCCUUUGCUAUCAUAUGAGAUGACUUACAUCUCUCUUUUCUUUCUCUUUCUGUUCGUAAACAAGACAUGCUAAUGCUUUACCAAACCAGUCAAGUGUGCAAUCCAACAAUAUGGUGUCAAAUUGAGAGGAAAUAAUUCACAAUAUGAGCAUUUUGUACUGAACAAACGAUGUGCGUCCACUUUCAUAGCAAUUCAUGCAAUCGAGUUACGCACACAUUGACAAUUGCUUCAAUUUUUUUAUUUCAGAUACACCUUUGAAAUACAUUUUCAUAGCAGAACUGUUUUAAGCAUGAAUGAAUAUUUGAGGUCCAUCUGAGGGGUGGGGUUAAUAAAAAAGCUGGACGUAAAGGAUUAGCAUGCAAAGAUUGUAGUACCAAUUCGUUUUGCUAAAUGAACCCCUCUUCAAGUU